ACUAGGUCGCGAUGGCAACUGAGCAAGUUUUGCUGUUCAGUUAAAGAAAGUCAUAUGGCAAAAAGAAAAGAAAAGCAAAGAAAAGCAAAGAGAGGACAAAAGAGGAAAGUUGGAUAGUUUCGUCACCGAACGACACCUAAUGUGAGAAAUACUGAACUCGAAUCUGUUUUUCGGAGUGAAAAAUGUCCCAGGGAUGUACAAUUUCUGUGGAGGAGAUCCAGUCUUGGUGGGAAGUCCCCGCCAUAGCGCACUUCUGCUCACUCUUCAGGACGGCCUUCAACUUACCAGACUUUGAAAUUGAGGAGCUGGAAGAAGCGCUGCUGAAGCAGGACCGGGACUUCCUCUCUGAGCUCGUCUGCUGUCUCCUGCAGGGAUGUUACCAGCGAAACGACAUUACGCAUCAGGCUUUCCGCAGCUACCUGGAGGACAUCAUCAACUACCGCUGGGAGCUGGAAGAGGGUAAACCAAACCCUCUGAAGGAAAACUCUUUUGAGGAGCUCCCAGUCCGCACACAGGUGGAGAUCCUGCACCAGCUGUGUGACUAUCGCUUGGAUGCUGCCGAUGUCUUUGACCUGCUUAAGGGGCUGGAGGCAGACAGCUUGCGUGUUGAGCCUCUGGGUCAGGAUGGACAUGGUGCCCUUUACUGGUACUUCUACGGCACUCGCCUGUACAAAGAGGAACCUGUCAAGAAGUCCCACAAGCUCGGUGAAAUCCUUGAAAAAAAAGCACCUGAGAAAAAGCGGAGGGGAAGACCGCCGAAAAGGAGGCACGAAGAUUCAACACCAGUUGAGAUUGAAUGUAUAAAAGAUGAAGAGAAUGGAGAGGAGUCGCCACAGAUGAGUAAAGGGCGUGAGCGUGGAUCCUGGUCUCUGGUGUGUGAAAAUGAGGAGCAGUGGACCAGGCUGGCUGAGAGCAUAAAGGACAAGACCUCUCCUCAGGACCGGCACCUGUUUCGCAUCAUUACCCAGAACUUCCUGCCUGAGAUCAGCAGCAUGAUCGAGCACAAGGAGAAAGAGCAGCUGCAGAAAAUGUUGAAUCCUCCUGUACGAAACUCUUUGAGGCUUUCUGACAAGCAUGUCAUAAAUAAGGAGGAGGCUGUCUCUGAGGUGGACCUGAAACAGAGAGAGGAGGACUUGGAAAGGCAGGCUUUACUUGCCGAGCAGCGGCGAGAAGAGGAACGACUCCUCCAAGAGGAGCGAGAGAGAGAGGAACUGGAGCGGGCAAAAGCAGCAGAAGAGCGAUCUCGGAGAAGGAGGCAGCGUGAGGAGAGGGCGUGGCUGCUGUCUCAGGGGAAGGACUUGCCGGCCGAGCUGCUCCACCUGGAACCCCACUCGCCUGUCCGCCGCACUCGCCGCACCAAUGAGCUCUACGAUAUCGAUGACGACUAUGCUGCUCUCUAUAAAGUGCUGGAGGCUCUGAAGGCUCACAAAGACGCUUGGCCCUUCAUGGAGCCUGUGGAUGAAUCCUAUGCUCCUAACUAUCAUGAAAUUAUUCAGACUCCAAUGGAUCUGUCCACCAUUGAGAAUAAGCUAAAUGAAGGAGAAUAUGUUAUCAAGGAUGAGUUCAUAGCUGACGUGAAGCUCAUGUUUGAGAACUGCCUGGAGUACAACGGAGAGGAGAGUGAGUACACGAUAAUGGCAGAGUCCCUGGAACGCUGUUUCAGCAGAGCCUUGCUAAAACAUUUCCCCUCUGAGGACGGAGACACCGACGAGGAAUUCCACUUGAGUAAGGAGGACCGCGAGCGCAAGGACAAGAAGAAGAACAGGAGCAGUCGGCAAUCGGGGCCCGAGAGCCUGAUCCGGGCCACGGGACAAGCGCAGAAACGCAAAGCAUCCAGCGGGGGUAAAGGAGGCAACCAGCCCCAGGAGAACAGCUCCAAAUUUGCUCCUGGUCCACCUGGUUUCCAGUUCAGCAAUGGGUCCACGCAUCCUCACAUCAAUACAGGACAGCCUCGCUCUGGGAAUGAUCCACCACACGGCAUGUACCACCCUUCACAACAGCUCCAGCAGCUCCCAGGUCCCCCGGGACCAGGAAUGUAUGGCCAAGGUAUGAUGAUGGACCCCCGAUAUCCAUAUCCAGGACCGAGACCUCUCAUGGGUAGGGGUCCAGGAGAGCAUGGCCCCCAACACAUGCCUCAUUAUCCUAUGCAGGGUCCACCUACCAAUGGUCCACACUUUGGUCCGAGAUACCCAGUGGGGCCUGAUUCUCGUCACCUUCAGCCUCAACACCAACAGCAUUCCUACAUUGGCCCCACUCAUGGCCCAUCAUUGGGCCCAAGACCAGUGGCUCUUCAGUCUGGAGGACUGUGCACCACUCCAUCUGAGGGCGAUAUGUAUCGACCUCACAAUCGCCCUGUUAGGCAACCCAUGCACCCAAUGGGAAAUGGUUACCCUAGACCCCUGCACAACUCCUUCACUCCUUAUGGCCCUCCACCCACUCCUUACGGUUCUUGGCCAGGUUCGAGCCAGCAGAGGCCUGGACAACCAAUGAUGCAGGAGCAGGCUAUGGGUGGUCAGCACCCAUACGGUCAUGGUAUGAUGCCUCCCCCACACAGUGCUGGAUAUCCGCCUUCUAAUGGCCAAUACAGGAUGUCAGCAGUUAGCUCCCAGGGACCCAUGGCCCAUAGGCCUACCAUGACCCUGCAAGAACCCAGGCCACAUGUGGGAUCAAUGAUGGACAGCCCGGAGAUGAUUGCCCUGCAGCAGCUGUCAGCAUCAUCUCGUCUUAGCAUCAGCGGUUACCAGCCGCCUCCAGCAAGAAAUGCUAGUAUUGCAGCAGCUGCUGAAGGCCAGCACUCAAGGCUUGUGGGAGAUAGCCAAGGUGCUGAUAAUGUGUCAAAAGGUUUAGAAGGAGAACUGACAAAUAAACAACAGAGUGAGGAGUCCAACUGCUCACCUCGUUCUGGUCAAGCUAAGGUCCCUGAACAGCCCAGUGGUACCCAGCAGAGCCCUAAUGCUGCAGUGUGGGGUGUUUCGCCACAGAAGACAUCAGCAGAGCUUGCAUCAAGUUUGCUAUCCACACCAAAAAAAGACGGACCACAGCUGGAAGGAGAGAGCACUGGAGAAGGCAAUCCACCCAUACCCCAAAACAGUCCUGUCUCUCAAAAGGAACCCUUGUCUAAAACACAGUCACAGAAAUGUCAGGAUUCCUCUACACACCCUUCUAAUAAUGGUCCUGUGAAGAUCACUCUGAUCACCUCAGAUCUGUCUGAACAAAUGUCUUCCACCAUUCCUCCAGAGUUCUCCCAAAAUAGUCCACAGGAUAUUCCCCAACAAAUGUUGCAGAGUUCCCCUCAGCAGGUUCUUCCACAUAUGUCUCCUCAGUACCCUCACAGCGUGCCACUACACAUAUCUUCCAAUGCUCCUUACCAGCAGAUGCCCCAAAAUGGAUCUGUCCAAGGUCAACAACCAGGGCCUGUCCAUGGCAUGCCACAGUCUGUUCCUCAGGGGUCACAACCUGGUGCUCAACACCCUGCCACUUUCACCUCACUGCCCCCCAGCCACCCUGUUUCCCAACCACUUGCACAGCCCUCUCCUGCUGAACGUGGUGAUCAGAGGCCCAGUGAGCCUACCCGGGAGCCUGAAAGAAGCUCUGGUAGUCCCAAUCCCAAUAUGAAGAAUUCCCCUGCCAAAGCCAACCAUCAGUACAAAGAACAACCUUUUAGCCCAGAGGCACAAACCCAGCUCAACAGGCCAGAACAAGUACCACUGCACAGACAGACACCACCAAAUCACCCUCAUGGUCCAGAGAGCAACACUGUGGCUCAGUACGGCAUAGCCAAUCCACAUUACAGCAAAUACAUGGGCACACCAGUGAACCCAGCUGCUCAUCUGCCUUAUCCAAGCCAAGCAUCACAGUCUCAGUCUAUGAGCCCUCAUCACAAUCCUGCCGGUUACUCUCCAUAUCCUCAAGGUCCGGUGUAUCCGUACCACAUGGGCCCACAGCAUCCUCAGGCCCAUUCCAGUAUACAUGCUUCAUACCGGCAGCAACAGCAGUACUAUCCCCAGCACCAGCAAAACAGCAGGCCUGGUUUCCCAGCAAGAGAAUGGCCUAGACCUCAAUACCAGCCUCAUCCUCCGUUGAUGCCCAAUACUUACCUACCUCCUGCAGGUGCUGGCAUCAGUGGUCGGCAGAAGGAUAACACAAUGUCUUCUCUGGGUUCAGAUGGUUCUGGUGGGGAUGUUAUGUCUCCGAAUCAUCUCCUUGAUGGAUCCCAGGGCAGCUCAACUGAGAAUCAAGAGGGUGCCACUCCGACAAAACAGGCCCGGACUGAGGAUAGCUCAGAUCUGCCUGAAAGCCCGAAGGAGAUACUGGAUCUAGACAGCCACAAUGCUGCAGCCCACCGCCACACCUCUGCUCAGCCUCAACACAAUUAUCCCUAUGAUCCACGGGCCAUGCAUCCCAGCAUGCAGCAGGGUGGCGCUCCCCCACCUCACGGUGUGCCAGGAGGACCAUACUCCAGGUCUCAGACCCCAAGUGGACAUUUUGGUCCUCAGAAUCGUCACCCACACUUGAUGGAGGCGCUGCAGCGGUCCCAGCACCUACCCUACACUCCGGGACAGACUAUGUACAGGCACCCACAUGCUGCAGGUCACUUUCACGGCAUGAUGUUGCCUCAGAGAAGCAUGAUACCUGAACACUUAUUUCAUCCACGGCAACACCUGAUGAGUGCAGCAGCUCCCAGUAGUCCCAGCAGUAAGCAGGGAGUGUGAAAGGUGAAGGACAAAUCAAAUUGAGAAGGCUGAGCAGAGACCUGCAUCAUCAUCUCAACUGAAAAAUCAGCUUUCUGAUGCUGGACUACAGACGUGUUUACAAAAAGAUGCAUGUCGUUUCUGCCUUGUUUUUGUGUCGUGGGACGUACAGCUUCCUGUGGACUGCGUGGACGUGCUCUGUGGGCCUUCCACUCUGUUUAACGCUCAUCAGUACUGAAAUGUGGUCAGGACUGCAGCUUGGCCUCUCUGUCUACACGCUCCUUAUAUCUGAGAGCUUCUGCACUUUGGUGGUGAGUCCUGACCCUCUGACUUGGUAGAAAGUACAGCGCACAGCUAGAAGGACCGACAUCAGGAGGGUUGUGGAUUCAAUCGGUUUUCUUUUCCAAAGUUAAACUCAGGUGUUGAAAAGAAGGUACUUGGAGGCGCCUCCAUUCCCCAUGGACACACUGGAAACUGUUGCCUUUUGCAUCAGCAUUGAAUGUCAUGUAUGUAUGAACGAACGCUAAUACAGAGUGUAGCAUGGUGAGUGGAUUAGCUGAUUGUUCUCUCCACCUUUAACUCGCUUAGUCCCGUAAUACGUUACCUUACGUUCACGCUAGCAAGCGACAAAGAAACAGGUGAUCGUUCAUUUAUUCAUUUCACUUGUACGUGCAUGACAUGACGUGAAAUUGCUUUAUCGUAAAGUGACGGAUCGAAACGAUUCGGCUCAAAUGAGUUCUCGGACCAAUUCGACAUUUCUUCAGUUUCUUCCACCCUCUUAGUUUCUACCUGCAAUUUGUUUGGCCCACAAAAAUGAAAGAAAUACUUUUAUAACCAUGAUCUCACCAUAUCCGGUCAUGUAUGACGUUUUGUAAAAAUGUGUAGAGGCUUGACAAAGAAAAAUGCAUCUCAGAAGGAUGUAGCAAAGAUCAUCGGUUCCCUCCGUGAGUAUACAAAGCUAGUAGCUAGUACAUACAGUUAGUUUUAAUUUCAUAAUCUGCCAGCGAAACUUUGUACAACCUCAACAUGUAAAUCAAACUUUUAACUAUUUGUACAUUUUAAACUAAAAGUGGUGUGUGUAUAGACGAUAUUAUACGGUGGUGCGAAGAAAUUAAGUUUAUCUUCGAGUAGUGAACAUAUUCACGAGUGAAAAUAUUUUCAACACGAGAAGAUAAACUUCAUAUCUUCGCGCCACCGUGUAAUGUUCAUUAUAUGGACACAUCCACAAAAAAAAGCAAGUUAAUCAAAUGGCCAGUUUGCCAUCACAGUAUCGGUAAAUAUUCUAUCCACAGUCACUGGAUAUGAGCAAUCUCAUGUUCUGAUUGGCUACUCUACUACUAGGCUAUUAGUUCAUACACUGUGAGUAGAGAAAAACAAAAUGGCGGUGCGUGUUGCUGAACCAACCGAGGACAAAAUAAAAACUCUACUUGAAAACAAAACCCUAAAAAAUACCCAAAAAAAGGCAACAAAACAUGGAAUGAAAGUAUUUGAUUGUAAAAAAAAAAAAAUGUCCCCCCCAAGAAUUAUCACAUUUUUCACAAAUUGCUCCGGUCAUUUCGCCAGUUUGUUUACAUUCUAAGCGGAAAUGAUUUUGUCGGACGUGUUGUGUAAAGUUUUUAUUUAUCGAUUUUGCAAAAAAUUAAAAAAAAAAAAAUGCUCGGUUUGUCAAAAUCCAGUGAAUGUGGAUAGAAUAAAAUGGUUAUUCCACUCAAUCUCGUCGUACGUGGCUUACAGCCAACUCGGUGCUAUUGGCUCAUAUACGCCUCGAUUUUAUGGAAUAACUGUUAAAUAUGUCCUGCAGAUCCGUGAUGUAUUUUAUAUGGAAGAUGCAAGUUUUUCAAUCCGAGAAGAUAAACUUCAUAUCUUCAGUCCGCGUGAUUUUCUUUUUGUUAUAUUGACACAUUCACAAACAAAAAGUACCGAAAUUUAUCAAAACAAUUCAUCGAUUUCCUCACGAGCGACGUAUAAAGAUUUGUCAUGUUUCUGGUUCUCCAUGUCCCAGAUGGAGCUCAUAUGAAAAAUACAAGUGGUGUAUUUCCCAGUAAAACUCUCAUGUCUAUAUAAUAUAAAUAAAUAAAUAAAAAUGCUGGACAGUGCACGCCCACAAGCGAAAAUAUCCACACCCACAAUAGAUGACCAUGAGUUACUCAUCUGCUAGUGUGAGCGUAGGGUUACAGAUCUUUCAACGCUGCCUCGGCUCGUAGAACGUGUUUGGACUCCGAGCACACCGCUGCUCCUCUUUUAUGCACUGGAGAUAGUCUUUAUUACUGGAAUUAGUGGCCUUGGAUUUACACGUGCGCUACUGUGUUUAACGCAUCUUUCCCAUGCAUGUUAGUUUAUAUAUCCACACAGUGAACACGGAGAGGCGUUUAAGCUCUUCAGGGCUCCCUCUUCUACUUUGUGUAUAUAUCAUUAUGAUUUAUCGUCUGUCUGAUUUCUGAUUUUUAGCUGCUUGUGUCGGAAAGAGCAUCACUCUUUACAACUGUGAAAGUAGCUCACGUGGGACAAUUCUUAGAACAUUGGAAUCGGGAAUGUUUUUUCUGGUGCUUCCUCUUUCACGCUGUUUGUCCUCAGGGUGUCGUGCUUUUAAUACGGGUAUAAGCGGAUUCAUUUUUCGAGGAAGGGGAAGUGACAGUGGGACUACGACUGGAACUGUGAUGAUUACGCAACCUCAAUUGCUAUGAAGACUUUUUUUUCUUUUUUUUUUUUUUAAACACUUGAUUUUAUAUGAUUUUGACUUUAUUGAAUCUUUUGUGUAGGUGAGAAACAAAAAGAGCCUGGAAGCUGUGAUGAAUUGUUUGAAGUUUUUUUUUUAAUUGAAAAUUUUUUUCCCCCCAGAGCAAAUUGUAAGGAUAAAUUGGUGUUCUAUUUUCAUUUAUAUUUAUAUAUAUUUUUGGCUGGAUUUUGUGUGUGACAAUGACCUGUGUGCGUGCGUGCGGGUUUUUUUUUUUUGAUUACUCAGUCCCACACUUUUUUUUUUUUUUUUUUUUAAAUUUUAGCUGUAGCAUUUUAAAAUUGACAGCCAGAUUCUGUGCUGAUAUCCACACAUCUAUCUACCUCAUGAAGCUGGAGUCUGGCAACACACACACACACACACACACACACACACACACACUAUUUCUCAUGGUUAUAUUGUCAACACAAGACGGCAUAUUUCUUCUCACUAUUCCAUUUAUACACUGAAAUGUUUCUACUUUCGACUGCUGAACCUGUGACCAAGUCAGCCUUAACUAUUUUAACCAUACAAAUUUUAACAGCGUCAGGAGACCACGGCAAUUUUUAACAUCUUUUCGAAUCUUUCUGCAAUAAAUCUUGCCACACCUUUUUAUUGUUUCUUCUAAAUAAAAAUAUGCCUAAUUGAGUCCUACAAAAGGCUUAUACUAGCUAAAGCCAGCUGGAAUGGCGUUCAUGUUCAGCUGUACACUUUAAAGUCCUGAUGACAUGAAGAGUGUCUGCCAGUGAUGCUUCCUUCAUAAAUACUGUCAGUAGGCACAUGUGAAUAUAAAAAAAAAAUAGGAGCAGAAGAAAUCAUUAGCUACAGGCUGACAUUAAGUCAGCCAUGCUUUUUGUUUUAAAAAUAAUAGAUAGGGAAUAUUGUAGCAGUAGAUGACGUGCUCUUCGACGUCUGCUCACUGUUCUCUAAUAGGACGAGACAGUUUUUAUGGACUGAGGAUGUGAACUUUUUUCCCCUUCUCUCUCUGUACAGGUUGUUUUUUUACACUUGAGUUAGGGACUGAUCCACACCUACUGAUUCCUCAGCAGCUUUGCUGUCUGUUUCUGUCUACACUAGUGAAACGACUAUAGAUCUGGUUAAAUAUUAAAUCAUAUUUAUUUGUUAUUUUACAUUUUGUACAUUGUUUUGGGUUUUUUAAAAAAAAUAAAUGUUCUCUUUUUUUUUUUGGCAUCUUUAUUUUUCUAAACAGUUGUCGAUACCUCAGUAGCACAACGGCAUCAGAACGACUUUUGUAUGUUUCAUUUUGAUGUGAAGUUUACAGGUUCUUAUUUUUGGAAAUGGACCGAAGUGUUUUCUAU